AUUGAAUUAUAAAGUUUUUUGUUAUAAAAAAAGUACUUUAUCUAUUCUAUAAAAAUAAGUCGGGUUUUCCUUCCUGACGCUAUAACUCCAGAACGCACGAACCGAUUUCCACGGUUUUGUAUUCGUUGGAAAGGUCUCGGGCUCCGUGAGGUUUAUAGCAAAGGAAAUUCAGGAAAAAUUUCAACAGAAAAGCGGGGAAAUAUUUUUUCACAUACAGCGCCAUCUCUGAUACAUAGCAUGUACUACAAACCAAUAUUUUAAGUAGAUGGCGCCGGUGCGUGAUACAUUGUUUGACAGCUACUCAUUGUUCUCUGCUCAGUUAAUUUCAUGUGACAAACCGGUAUUGUGUUCGCUGUGAAAUUGUGAAAAAAAAGUAAAAAAAAAAUAAGUUAUUCGUUUCAAUUGGAAACCAUCAAAUCAAUCACGUGUAUUGUGCAAAUUUUUAUUCACAUUGAACAGUAGGCAUUUGUCUUUAAGGUGGUAAGUUGAACUGUAUAAAUUAUGUGGAGCGUGCAUUUGAGGUUAAAUUCACCACUCUGUCCAUAGUUUAAAAUGCCUAGAGGACGACGUGCCAACAUCGGCCGCCACACAAUACAUGCAAGCCAGCAACAAGUGUAUUCACAGAACUUAAGCGAAGAAAGACAAAAUAUAAUCGCUUGGCAUUCCAAUAUGAUCCCACUGCGAACUACAGUGAUGAUGAAAAUUUAGAUAUUGGACCAAUGACGACUAUAUGCCGAUAUUGCAAUGCGUUAAAGUUCGAAAGAGAAACGGCUGGAUUGUGCUGCGCAAGUGAAAAAGACAAACUGAAUUCUUUACUUACACCACCACAGCCACUGAAACCAUUGUUCGAUGGAAGUGAUCCCGAUUCCAGCCAUUUUCUUCAACACAUCCUUGAAUACAAUAACUGCUUUCGCAUGACUUCUUUUGGAGCUAAUAUCAUUCGAGAAGGCGGCUUCAUGCCGACUUGCAAGAUACAAGGACAAAUGUAUCAUUUGCAUGGUUCAAUGGUGCCAACACCAGAUGAACCGCAUCAAUUUCUGCAAAUAUAUUUCAUUUCGCCGAUGGUGGAUCAGCUGAAUGAGCGGUGCUAUAUACAGGGAACACAACAGUUAAAGAGACGAAUUAUUGAAAAGUUGCAAGCAUUUUUUCACGCUAAUAAUGCUGUGGUUAAUAUGUUCAAAACAGCAUUGGAACGAAUGCCAUCGGAUACGCACAAAUUUGUCAUAAGAGCGGAUUGUACCCCAACGAGUAAACAUGUGCGAAGAUUCAAUGCACCCACCGUUAAUGAUGUUGCUGCAAUUAUUGUUGGCAGGCAAUUUCAAGUAGACCUUGCCAGUAAUUCCCGUGGAACGCCUGCAGAUGAAUUGAAUGCUUGCCUGAAGGCAUCACCUUUAUGGAAUAACGUUAAAAUAUUAUCGCUAACCACUAAUAUGAGAGUUCAACUUCAAAAUGGUCAAAAUGCUGCACAAUUUUCCAAACAAUUGUUAGUUGUUGGAAAUGGAAAAGUCCCAGUUGAUGCGACAUCUGGUUUAAUGGCUCUUACCAACGACUUUUGCCGAUUUGUAGACUCUCAAUUAGCUCUUAUUGAAAAUGUUUUCCCAAACACUAGUGAGAAUUAUCAAAAUUAUGCGUGGUUAAGUCAACGAGCUAUUCUUGCCACAAAUUUGGUGACAUACAAAUUCGUUGAUUCCAUAACAAAUCCCGAUGAUGUAGUAAAUUAUCCAACGGAGUUUUUGAACUCUCUGGAGUUACCAGGAUUUCCACCACAUAACUUGCAACUCAAAGUUGGUACAGUUAUUAUGAUAUUGCGUAAUUUGAAUCCACCGCGACUUUGCAACGGUACUCGACUUUCGGUAAAAAGACUUUUGCCGAAUUUGAUUGAGGCAACCAUUAUUAACGGAAAGUACGCAGGUGAAAAUGUAUAUAUUCCUCGAACACCAAUGAUUCCGACUGAUCUUCCGUUUGACUUCAAACGAUUGCAAUUUUCAGUUCGCCUUGCGUUCGCAACGACAAUUAACGAGUCGCAAGGCCAAUCGCUUAGUGUUUGCGGGAUAAAUUUAGAAAAUCAUUGUUUUUCACAUGGGCAGUUAUACGUUACGUGUUCACGAGUUGGGAAACCAUCCGCUUUGUUUGUGUUAACGUCAGACCAAAAAACAAAAAAUGUGGUUUACCAAAGAGCACUUCAAUGAAACGGAUAAUUUGCGGACUAUUUACUUUGGAUUCACUUUCAUUUACUUAGAGAAGUUCAACUAAAUAAGACUUCAUUUUUGUAAUCGAAAUGAAUUCAUUAAUGUUGUGAAAUGAAAUAAAAUUUUUCCUUUUCAAAAAAAAAUGUUUCUUCAUCUUUUAAUCACCAAACGAAAUGUUACAUAAAACGAAGCCAUCUGGUGGCGAAACGGAGUUCGCCGGGUUGCCUAGUAGUUUAUAUAAAAUACUUACCUAAUAAUACUAGUUAAAAUACUCACCUUAAUCUUUUACCAUAAUUUAUUCUAUUACCAUAAUUUAUCGAAAUGUAAUCAUAUGAUACUUACCCCUUUUUGUACAUUUUUACAUUACCACUAGUUUAAGCCGUUAGCUUAAGUAUAGGCUAAGCGAUUCUAAGAAACGUAAUAAAGAUUCAUUGUAAUUUUAA